AUGAACUUGUCGGUGACGAUUACCUUACAGUUAAUUCUGUUGAGGGCCAAUUUAUCAUGGAGUUGGCGAUACAAAUACAAUGUGCAAAUUGUGCAAUUUGAUUCUUUGGAACCCGAAGAGGAACUACUUGUUGAUUUUCGUAAUCUUCAGGUUGUGGGCCGCGAACGCUCUCUAAAUGGAACAGUCCACAUACUCGAAGAUAUGGAUGGGGAAAAUUUUCAAUUGUCAGUCGAUUUUCGUAAUGAUCCAAGCAACAAUGGCCGCUGGCGACCUAUUCUUUACAAUGUACCCAUAAUGGAUAUUUGUAGGGCAAUGAAAUUGUAUAUUGGAACGUAUGCUAAGUCGACAUUGCGUCAGGGCGAGAUAACAAACUUACCAUUUGAUGGUAAGAGCUGUCCAUUGCCCAAAGGCACAUACUAUGUUAGGAGUCUGUUGAUGGACACAGAAACCUGGCCGGACAUAAUACCAACUGGUGGGAUAGAGCUCAAUUAUCGAUUUUAUAAGCAUGGCAAGCCUGUAGGUGGUGCCAGCUGUCGAACUAUAGUUGAGCGAAAACUAAUGUAA